UGUCAGUGGGUAGCCGCUUUUCAAAAUUUGUCCGACAGUCCGCGAAGGUAGCAGCGUUCCUACGAGCGAGGCAGUUUCUCUCAGCGAUCAGCGCCAUUGUGUGACAGAGUCUCCUGCAGCGCGGAAGCUUUGUGUUUCCCCCUGUCGAGUGGACUGUUUAAAUAUACCAAUGUUUCUCUUCCAAACUCCAGUGGACCUGAAUCUGAUUUAUGUUCAGUAAAGGUGCCAAGCGAAAACUGGAUGAGGAUGAAGAGGUGCUGGAAGGCAAAACGUUGGAGGCAUCGGUGGCAGGAGGAGGAUUCGGCCUGGGCCAUGAGGGACUGUCCAAGGUGUCCUACACCCUUCAGAGGCAGACCAUCUUCAACAUCUCACUAAUGAAGCUGUACAGCCAGCGGCCACUGAACGAGCCCAGCCUGGAGCGUCGCGUCCUCAUCAACAACAUGUUGCGGCGUAUCCAGGACGAACUGAAGCAGGAAGGCUCCCUGCGGCCAUUGCUUCUACCGCCGUCGCCGCCGCCCGAUGAUCCAAUGGACGAGGGCUUCCGUGAGGCCCCGCCCACAUUUGGAGUUCUGUCAGCAGGGGUGACGGCCCAGGUGUCGCCACCUUCCGCUUUGUUGAUGCCUAUGAUCAUUCCUCCACCUUCGCCACACCCGUCUGUGCCCCCCCUCUGUCCGCCUCCGUUGGAUGUCUGCCUCACGCCAGCGUCUUUGCUGGAGGACGACAGUGCGGAUUCUUCCUUCUGCACGUCAUCUCCGCCCACUCCCCCUCUCUCACCUCCCCCGUUACAAAGUCAGACGUCCGCCGCCAUCUCUCCGCCUCCUGCCUCGUCCAGUGACGUGAGUGACAUGGCUUUACGUCCUUCUACAGCCCUAAACAGGACCGCAGCAGCCAAUUCGGUGACAGUAACUACCUCCCUCACUCCCACCACACUCACCCACGCCUCCAACCCAACGGCCUCUUCCCCUGCAUCCUUGGGCCCGGCAAAAGACUGCAGAACGUCGGACUCGAAAACCGAAGCAGCUUGUGUCUCCUUAGUGGAAGGCUGCUGUGCCGAGCUUCGACCGAUAGAUGCCCUGCCCGCAGUUGCCCCCCUUGAUCUUUACCCCUCUCAUUCCCCUCAUUCCACACCCUCUGGGUUCCUCACCGACCUGGCGCUGGACGACGUCCUCUUCGCCGACAUCGACACGUCCAUGUACGAUUUUGAUCCCUGCGUGACGGCAGGGGUGGUUAGCGUGUCGGCAGGCACCAGCCUCACCAAAAUGUCCCCAGUGGUGACGGCGGAUGACUUCCUUAAAUCCCUCACGGCUCCGUACAGUAGCCCCACCCCACAGGUUUCAGCCAAUCAGCCUUUUAAAAUUGACCUGACAGAACUUGAUCACAUCAUGGAAGUGUUGGUUGGUUCAUGACAAGCAGGCGCCCCCCACCUUUUACAAAAAGACACUGCAAUCUAGACAAGAGACUGAAAUGAAUAUUUCGACAGAUCUGGGAUUUGUUUUUCUGCUUGUUUUUCAUUUUGUGGUUUUAAAGUUUGCAAUUUUAAUUUUACUACGAGUACUACUACUACUACUUCUACACUGUGCAUGGACUGUCCUCACCUUUCCAAACACAGAAAUGAAAUUAUUGGGAAGCAAAGAUAGAAAUCAGUUUACAUUUUGAUGCUGGUAAGGACCUCCAAGGAAUUCAUUUGCUCAGAUGAACAUAAUUCUAGUUUUAACCUGGAACAUUGACCAUAGUCCUCAACGUGUAGCUUUUUUUUUUUGUAGACAAUCCUAAGAGGGUCCUCACCAGUGCAGAAAUUUAUGGAGAAACACACACACACACACCGAAUGUGUGUCUUUUAGGAGAUGAGUGCCUUCCAAAAAACAUGACCACUUAUUCAAUUCUUGUUCGUUUUUUUUCCAUUUCCUCCAAGUUGUUGUUUUAUCAUAUUUUUUAAUUUAUUAAAUUUACUGUUCACUUAGUGAGUAAUGUCCUCAUGAUCAAAUAAUAAUUUCAUUGUCUUUUAUGACAGAUACCUUCAUGUUGAAAACCCAUCUUUCUCUCAGAAGGAAAUAGUCCGCAACUCAUUAAUCAUUCUUCUUUCUGACACUCUUCAGAGCGGAUGAUUCGAUGUUGAUCUCAGUUCAGGUCUGGCUUUACAAACCUGCUGGUGCAAAGCGGUGUGAGAUGCUAUUUCAGAAUUCUGAUCCAAUACACAGUCGAUAGACUUUGUUGUGUUUACAUUACAAACGGUUGCGGAAUCUUGUGCUCCGGUCAAGUGGCGAAGUGUCGAAAGUCCAACUGAAACAGAGACAUGCACAAGAAUUGUAAACAAAUCAGCUAUCACAUAUCACAGGCAAAGCCAUCGUGGUACUUUGGUGAUGCAAUCUUUUUCUUAAAAUUGUAUGAAAACAAAUGCGUAAGUGUAUUUCUAGCAAUGCCUUCUUUUGCUCGUUUGUUUUUUGUUACAGCCGAUUGAGUAAGUUGAGUGACAGGCAAAUUACAGCAAGGCAUACAGUAUUACACAAAGCCCAUUUGCACAAACCGUAGGGUUCAGAAUAGAAGCUCAUUUUUACUAAAUCUCAGGGUUUUACUCAGUCGUUGUAUUGUGCAGCACUGUCAUGAGGUUUACCCCAAACACCCUGGAUGUUUAUAAACAUACACAAUUCCUGGAGGGCCAAAUCUGCCCAGUAAUCACUUUCAAGCUGAUACUUCCAGUUGUUGCACAGUUGUAGCCGUAAAGCGUUUUGUCUCACACAGAAAAAAAAAAACAAUUAUUACAACUUUGCCAAUGUCGGUGUCACAUAUGUCACAAAAUGUGCACCGAUUCUAAAGUAGCGCAUUUCCUUAAAUAGUGGUCUUCACUCUUAACCGAUCCCUGAAUAGAUCCUCCUUUCCCCUCCCCUCUCAGAAAAAAAUCCUUAUGCAAUACAAUUCAUAUAAAGGUGUGCUGCAUUUGGCUCACAUCUAGUCCAAGGGUGCCCCCCCCCCAUCGCUUCCCCAAAAUCACCUGGGAAAGGCUUCGACACCUUUGACCUUAAUGAGUAAAAGUAGUGUACACUGUGAAAAAAAAAAAACAACCUAUAGAAUCUACCCAAUAAAUGACACAAGGUAACUGUUUACAGCCACUACAAGUGGGUCCAUUUUAAUCAUAUAUUUUGGAUAAUGGGCGACCCGGUGGUCGACCCACGGUGUGAGUGUGAGUACCUGAAUUCAAAAGCUAUGAAAUAAAUUGAGUAAAGUUUCCCUCACCUUUAUUACAUUCUGCAAUAAAAUUACUCAUAAUUUUUUUUAGGUAAAAAUAUUGGUGAUCUGUAGUAAUAAUUCUACUAUCAACGACUAAUUAUGACUCAAAAUUAAUUAAUGAGUAAAAUGGUGAAUGGGCUUUUACUCACAAUUGAACGCACUUUGACAGUCUUCUCAUUCACCCAACUGAUGACAUAAUAACGAGAGAAACCGGAGGCUCGGUUUCUUGCUUAAGGGCACAACGACAUGGUCACAAGUGCUGAGGUUUGAACCCACAACCUUUGGGUUGAAAGUCAACCACGUGACCAACUGAGCCAUGCGGCGCAGAUAGGUUAGCACGUUGCGUGAUUAUAUCGCAGUAAAUAUAAGACUGUAACCAGAUGUGAGAAACUACUCAAUGUAUACAUUUCGUAUAGAUUUAAUGAGUACAUUCUAUAGUUGUUUGGUUUUUUUAAGUGUAGGAAUAUUUUACUACAUUUUUCUAGGUCUAACCUUUAUUUUGUAAUUGUUUUUUUUACCUAAAAUAAUUAGAGAAAUGUUACAUGAUUUUCAUAUUUACCACUCUCCAGAGUCAUUUUUACAGCGUCGGAUAUUGAUAGAUGCCUGGUCCCCCCCCUGCAGUUGAGAAAAUAAAUAUCCCUGACCACUAUGUGAGGAAAUGAGGUAUUUUCCUUUUUAUCAUGUGUAUGUAGCAAACAAACAAACAAAAAAAUUCAUUUAAUUGACCAUUUUGGCUGUUAUAAUAACUGUACUUUUUUCCUAUUUUUCCCAGUUUGCGUAGCGUUCACAUUUGGGUAGUCGUAACUGACCAAAAGGUGGCCAGUCUGCAUUAGACGCAUAAAGUCACAACUGCAUUUCUGAUGUCUCAUGUGACAGAAGUCCCAAUUUUCCUUUCAAAAUACCUUUCAAGUCUGGCCGGUUGGUUUGCUUUGGUGCACACCAGGGAGCGGAUAAAGGACGUUCGCACUUGACCAAAUGAAGCGCACAGUUGGAGCAAUCACACCCGUGUUCGUUGUAACCAAGCCAAGCGGCAUCAUAAAAUUCAAAACUGCCUUAACUCAGACGCAUUUUUGGAAAAGGGCAGCUACCGAGAUUUGGUUUGUUGUUUGAUGUUUGAUGACAAGUGGUAAGGCACACAAGAGAGCCUCUUUGUGGACACAAGCAAUCCAGUUUCCAUAAUAUCUUCUUUUUCAAGCUCAUACUUGCUCUCAUCCGAUAUUGGUUGCACUCCCAACAUCCACUAUACAUCAAUUUGUCAUCUUGGUCUUGUCCAUGCUCGCGACUCAAGGAACUAUUUUUCUGUAGUUGUCCCCCCGGCAAGCAGCCAAGUCGCUGCCAUGUUUUUAGCGCAUGGCCCAGCUCGUUUGCCUAAAGAAGAGCAACACUUAGCAAUUGGCAAACACUGUACUCAAUUUCCCUUGUGCAAUGUAUAACUAAUAACUAUUUGCUGGGGUAUUGCUAUAAAACACAUCGAUAAAUGCCGCUUUGAUAUUUGUACCGUUUUGAUUUCUUUCCCAUUGCGCUUUAGUGCAUCAGUUGAUGAAAAGAAGUCAAGGUUGUCAAGGGAGCUGCCGAUACCUACUAUUGUGUCCGUGGGGUCGUAGUGGCUGGCAGGACACGAUAUGCAGUUUACUGCGCUAGCCAAAAGUGAAAGGUGUUCAAGUAACUUUCCCAGUCUGCCUUUGACCCCUUGCAAUACCGUCGGCGCCGCUUCUCAUUUUUUUACACAACUGCAUCAGGUUUCUGUCCCUAUGUUUUAAGUUUGUUUGUGGUGUUUUUCUCUGUCAAUGAAGUUAUUUAUUCUUUUUUUUCCUGCUCUGUGUAAAUAUAUUUAUUUUAAUUUGAAGUGAACUUUUGGAUUGUAAAUAAGUAUGAGAUUGUGUAGUCGGAAUGUACUCCGCUCCAGAUAGGAUUAUAUCUGAGCAUGGAAUUGGCAUGGACGUUUGUAUAGAGGGGUCUUUUUGGUUCCUUUUUUGUAUGUCUUUUAUACUCUUCUGUUGACUGUUUUCCAACUGAACUGUUUAUGCAAUACGCAAAAAAAAAAAAAAAAGCUCAACUAAACAAAACAAGAACUCACCUGCAAGAUAUCAAUAUUCCAAAGCUUGUCAUAGAUGCCUCAAUGCCAAAAGUUGUGUACAUAGGAUGAAUGACAAGUGAGCUCCUGCGACUUCACGGAUCAGUUUUCCUUACUGAAUUGGUUCAGCACUGUGCAAGCAUGUGACACAGCACUACUUCCUGGGAUAGACUGACCGGAGUUAAGGCUGAGUUCCUCCAAAGGCUGUAUUUUUCACAGACCUUCCAGUUGUGCCUUGUUCUAUUCAAUGGAACACAAACCCCUCUCUCUCCCUGUCUGUAAGAGAAAUAUAUAUAUACGAGAAACUGACUGCUGACUAUGAAUUUAAAAGUCUUACUUUUGUAGUUUUAUAAAUAUGAAUAUAAACAUACAUACACACAAACACGCGCGCACACACACACUUACACAAUAAACUGUAAAAGAACA